AUGUCUGCUGCCAGGUGCGAAGAUUAUGAAGCAGUGCAAGAAGAGAUGGGUCUUGCUAAGCACAAGUUCCUCAAACAUGUAGAAUGCAGAUGGCUUUCCCUUCAACCAGCAGUGCUGAGAAUUUUGGAGCAGCUGGAAGGGUUAAAGAGGUAUUUCCUUACAUUCUUACCUGAGAAGCAACCGUCUGUCAAUAGCAUUCAACGGUACAUCAGAAUCACACAUCAGCUUCAAUCAGAUGACCUGGUGGCGCAGAUGCACUUUUCAAUCUCUGUUGCUGACAUUUUUAACUCCUUUCUAAGUUUUCCAGAAUGA